GCCUUCUCACAAACACAUACCUAAUAACCCUACUCUCUCUUCAACUCUCUCUAUUUGGUUAAGAGUUCAUAAUUUAGGUUUUAUUUCCAUCAUCAUAUAAUCUCCCUAGCCAUAUUUAUUUAUUAUUUUUUAUUCAAAUUUUAUUAUAAUGGGUGUGGUGCGGUCGUGGGAGAGUAGGCAGGCGGAGCUAGAGUCCUUUUGCCGAAGCCUAGUGACCGAUACGGCCACCAUUCAUCGGCGAAAGGACCUAAAGCCGCAGCCGAAAAACAACCUCUUUGGGGAUUAUGAUGAAGAAGAAGAGAGGAAUACCCUAGUUUGUGUGACAAGUGGUGUUUCUUAUUUGGGACUUGCUUUGGUCAACAAGCUUUUGCAAAAAGGUUACUCAGUGAGAAUCACUAUUGAAAACCCAGAGGACAUAGAAAAAGUGAGGGAAAUGAAGGAAAGUAGAGGAGGAAAUGGAAAAUUGGAAGUAGUAAUGGGAAAGUUAAGUGAUGUUGAUAGCUUAUUAAAUGCAUUUGAAGGUUGCCAUGGCGUUUUUCACACCUCUGCUUUUACCGAUCCUGCUGGUCUCUCUGGCUACACUAAAUCUAUGGCUGAGAUUGAAGCGAGGGUGAGUGAGAAUGUGAUGGAAGCAUGUGCAAGAACAACUAUUAAAAGAUGUGUCUUCACAUCAUCACUCUUAGCUUGUGUGUGGCAACAACAAAAUCCAGACUCACAAGAUUCUCCAAUUACUAUUAACCAUACCUCAUGGACAAAUGAAUCACUGUGCAAAGAAAAGAAGUUAUGGUAUGCAUUGGGAAAAGUGAGAGCUGAGAAGGCUGCAUGGAGAAUAGCAAAUGAAAGGGGUUUGAAGCUCACUACCAUAUGUCCAGCACUCAUCACAGGCCCUGAUUUUUGUCGCAGUAAUCCAACAUCUACUAUUGCAUAUCUUAAAGGUGCCCAAGAAAUGUAUUGUCAUGGUUUGAUAGCAACAGUUGACGUAACAAAAUUGGCUGAAGCUCAUGCAAGUGUGUUCAAGGCAAUGAAUAGCACUGCUUCUGGCAGAUACAUUUGUUUUGAUAAAUUAAUUGAUAACCAAACUGAGGCAGAAAUUUUGGCCAAAGAAAUUGGGAUGCCUAAACAUAAGAUUUGUGGGGAUUGUUCCUCAUUGCAUAGAUUUAUGAAAAUCUCAAAUGACAAGUUAAACAGACUGAUGUCAGGUCCAAUUAGGUGUUACAAUCAACAUUAUUGUUAAGAAUGGAAUCAUGCUUACUAUCUAUGAUAUGCUAUGUUUUAAAUUUUAA